AAAAUAGUACUCUGUGAUGAUUAGUGAGACAAAUGUGAAUUAAAGCUACAAUAUUUUUAUUUUUAUGACUAAACUGCAGUUAUCGUAUUAAAGCGGGUUUUAUUGCUUAUUUAAUUUUUUUUUGCUUGGAAAUGGAAGACGAAUUAGAGGAUCGAGUUUUACAUCAAACAUACUUGUCUUUUAUGAAAAUUUUGUCGCGCUUUAGUAGCAGUGUUGCUUUAGACACCCCAACGAGCUAUUUCUGGAAGAUGGUGCGUCUUUAUUUAUUGCGCUCGGAAGUGCUCAUUUUCACAUUUGGAAUAGUAGUAGUCUUCAUGUACUUACAAACUAUAGGAUUAUGGAGCCGUACGUUACUAAGCAGGCUAUCGCAUGCCGUAAAUCCAAUAAAUGCAGUCCAAAGAAUGAAGUUGAUGGAAGGUUCGGAUGCGGACAAACAGAGUUGGGAGUUAAAGGGGUCAUUGAGUGCGGUUUAUGCAAUUAGAGGAAGGAGAAUGCACAUGGAAGAUAAGUUUAUAAUAAAUGAAAAUAUAAAUGACACGGGCAUUUCUUUAUUUGCUAUAUUUGAUGGACACGGCGGCGAUUUUGCAGCUAAUUAUGCAAAAGAACACCUUAUACAAAAUCUGUACAAUAAGGUUGUAGAGUUGAGUGCAUUUAAAGAUGGCAAACUUCCCGAGACCCCAAAAAGUGAAAGCCCAGAUGAACAUAAGAAAGAAGAAAAAGAAAAUAAUAUAAGUGUUGAAAGAAAAAGUAGUUUCAAAAAGUCUGUAAGUACUGCUGAUGAUACUUCUAAAAAGGAGAUUACAGACCCACAACUUUUAGCUCAAUUAAAUAAAGCGAGGCCAAUUACAAGAGAAGUGAGACCAAUAAAACCAGUAAAAAAUGUGUCUGUACCCUUGUCUAGUUAUAUUUUAAAAGGAAAAAUUAAUUAUGGUAAAUUGUUGACUGAUGAAGUUCUAGCUGCAGACCAAUUGCUUGUUGAAGCUGCCAAACGUUCUAUGAAUGUUGCUGGCACAACAGCUCUGAUUGCUGUUUUAGAAGAUAAUAAUCUUAUAGUUGCCAAUGUGGGAGACUCAAGAGGUGUUAUGUGUGAUUCCCGUGGAAAUGCUAUUCCAGUGUCCUUUGACCACAAACCACAACAGGUUCGAGAACAAAAAAGAAUAGAAGCUGCUGGUGGCUACAUAGCAUUUAAUGGAGUCUGGAGAGUAGCUGGAAUCUUAGCUACAUCUCGAGCAAUGGGUGACUAUCCAUUAAAAGAUAAAAACUUUGUUAUUGCUAAUCCUGAUAUUUUGACGUUUAAUUUAGAAGACCAUAAGCCAAUGUUUUUAGUUCUUGCCUCAGAUGGUUUAUGGGAUACAUUUUCAAAUGAAGAAGCUGUUAAAUUCAUAAAAGAAAGAUUAGAUGAACCAGACUUUGGAGCGAAAAGUUUGACACUCCAGGCUUAUUAUAGAGGUUCAGUUGACAACAUCACAGUGUUAGUUAUUAAUUUUAUGCAAGAGAAAUAUUCCACUGCAACUGUCACAGAAUAAUCAUAUUAUUGGUGUUGUAAUGUUUAUGAGCAAGUUUAAUAAACUUUAUAGUUAACAUACUUGAAACAUGCUCAUAAUUGUCUUAUAUGUUAUGUGGUAUUAUUUUAAAGGCCAAAGGAAAUGCACUGUGUUUCCAGCUGUACAAUUAAUGUUGUACAUAAAUAUUUUCACCUCAAGUCAAUUUGGCAUUUUUGUACUUACAUACUCAUUAAUCAUAUUAUCAAUAAUCAAGCCUUUUCAUAUAAACAUUGAAAUCCUUUUGAUUGAUGAAAUAACAAAUUUAAUCAAUACUGAAUAUUUUUUCAAAAUUUUCAUAUUUUCACUUAUUGUAAGUAGAUGUCCAGACUAGUAAUAGAAGAUUGAUAUUUUGAAAUAUGUGUAUUUAGAAAUCGAAUAUAAGUGGUUGUGAUUGUGAAAAAUGUUUAACCAUUUUAAUACAUAAAGAAUUUACAUUUUAACUAAAAAACCCAAACUAUUGUUGUCAAAUAUUUACAUUAUUUUGCCUUACGAAGGCUUAGAUGUUCCUAAUAUUAGUUUUAUAGUUGCACAUAAUUCCUUAAGGGCAUUUGUUAAUGAGAUUUGAUGUUAAUCUUUGUUUAGUGCUUUACCCUGGCCUCACGUUUUUUAUUAUGCAUUGUGUCUUCCGGUAAUUGCCGUUAUUGAUAAGAAAACAAUGAGACUUCUCUGCCUAACAACUAUUGUUUUACCGGAAAUUUAAACCUCAAGAGUUAUGUCACGUGAUUAACCCGCGGAGACUAAACUUCAGACGUAGGUUUUUAUAUAUCAGGUGUGUGUUAUUUUAACAACUCACAAUGCGAGUAGUACUAAGUAAUUUUUAACUACUGCCCCCUUUUUAUAAAAUAAAAUAGUCUUGUUUUAAAUAAAGUGCUCAUCGGGGACAGAUAAUGAGUACUUUGUUAUUGCUAAUCCUGACAUUUUGACAUUUGACAGCAAAAGCAGACUGAUUUGACUUUUCUAUGAAUAGAGUGAAAAGAGGGGGAAUUGUUUAUCUACAUUAUUAAGUUUCUAUCCUAAAUGUGACCUCUAUGAAAAUAUUAUUCUUAGUUAUUAAUAUAAACAUUGAUAAGAUAUAACUCAUGCAAUAUCUGGCUUUUGUCCAGUUGCAGUCAUGGGUCUUCAAAUAAAGAUGGAUUAGUGCUAAUUAUGAAAUCGUUUGUGUUGCCAUUAACUAGUCAUGUUAAAUGUUCAUAUUAAAUUCGUAUUUACCUAUUCUUUGUGAUAAAAUACGUAAAUGAAUUAGGGAGUAUUUUUAUAUUGAAACAAGUAAGAUUCAGAAGUUAGUAAGGCCUAUUUUAUAGUACAACAGUCUUUACAUUUAGUCUCAAGUGGGUCCAACAUUUCCAUGAAUAGUGUUAUUUGGAUUACAUUUGACAGCUGUCUUCUUCGCGGUAUUGAUUUGCAGUCUACGUCUCAUUCACAUACAUCAUGUUAAGAAACUUAAUUGGUUUAUAAAGUUACUAUUGGUUUAUUUAGUCGCGAGUUUCGCGCUGCGUUGCUAAUACAAACAAACAUGUUUUAGUACCUACUUAAAAUUCAUCACAAACGCAUACGCAUGUUGUUAAGUUAUUGUAAUUAGCACAUUUUUGUAUAAGUUCGUAUUCAAUGGUGCUUAUUUUGAUGUAGGCGAAUUAAAAAAAAUAAUGGAAAGAAAAUGUUUCUCAGUACACUAAUGAUUAACACCACUGUGAAUUUUGAAAUAACUACUAUUUGGGUUUCGUCCUUUGCGUCCUCUUGCGAUAAGAUUCAGAAACAACACUUGGGGAUUUUUACUCUAGUACGUCAAAGAUUUUGACAAAUGAAAGUCGGUAAUAUUUCGCGCUAAGCCUUGUUUUUGAAUCUUACACUGGUUAUAUUUGGUGGAGUUCAUAAGUUUAUUGAUUUAAGAAUAGUGUAUACAUCAUAUUUAGCAUCAUUGUCCUAUAUUCUUACGUACUAGUUACCGUUAUUGUGUGAUAGAACUCGGAUAUCCGAUACAUACCGUUUUGAAUUAUCCCAAUUUUAGGUCACUAUACUAAAAAUGGGAUUAUUUUAAUCGACACACGUGUACGUGAUAUUUUAAUUUGUGUUAACUAAUACAGUGAAUAAAGAAUGUAUAUAAA